UUGGAAUUGUUAGUUGGCAAUGCCUUCUCCUGAAUCCAGUAGACACAACGCGUGCUGGAGAUUCUGCCCUGUACUUUAGUUAACGCAUCGAGGUUUUUAACGUUAUCUUCAGUGCGCUUGGUUUUAUUGUAGCUUGCAUCAGUUGGAAAAGAUGUAAUAAGCUGGAAGUCUGACCCAGCGACGGCACUGGGCGCCACAAGCGCUCGGCAGUGAGGCAAGUUCCCCGGGAGGUCUGUCUGGCUCGCUGCUGCUUUGUACAGAGCGAUGUCUGGUGCGAGAGGCAUUGUUCCCACUGACCAAAAGCCGCUCAACACCGACAAGGUGAAGGAUGAACUGAGUAUGGUAGCGGUGGACUCCGACAUCGAAGACCAAAGUUACAAGCUUUCGGCAGAUUGCAGCAAAACUAACGGAUCGCCCAAGCAGGCGGCCGGGGAGCCGUGCGUGGUGGCCCCGCUGUUUGCUCAUGCCAGAUUAGGCGACUCACUUUGGAAUAAUGACAGUACAGUGCUCUGGGGAAGGAAGCCGCUUGCAAUAAAUUCUGAUAAGGCUCUCGAGCACAGAAGUGACUCUCAGAGGCCAGGGAUGAUUGACAGGCUGCCUGGGACUUUGCAAAUUGUGCACAGCGAUCUGGCGCCUGCCUUGUCUCCCGAGCAGAGCAAAACUUCAGCAGGGGAUUACACCAGCGAAGCCGAAUGCAAUGCAUCCGACGCCGAGCUCCUCGCUCUCCAGGAGCGUGCUGGGGCGUUCGCCGCUUUCCCAGCUUUGGGGGCCAUCUCCAUGCCCCCAGGUUUCAUUAUCAUGACUGCCCUACACUCUCCCACCGGACUGGCGGCCGUGUCGGACGGCGCGCUGCCUCUCGCCGGUCUGCCCGAAUGGCCGGUGCACCGGGUGGCGGUGGCCAGUGGCGGGCACCCCGCCAAGAAGAAGAGGAAGAGGUGUGGACUUUGCGCGCCCUGCAGGAGGCUGAUCAAUUGUGGGGAGUGCAGCAGCUGCCGCAACCGCAAGACCGGCCACCAGAUCUGCAAACUGCGGAAAUGUGAGGAGCUGAAGAAAAAACCCGGCUCUUCACCAGAGAGGGUGAUUGUCCCUGGUGGCAGUGAAACCUUCAGAUGGUUCUUCUGAGGAUAAUUGAAGAGCUCUUCCAGACCUCAUGAAACGUGAAUUGUCGCACGAGCAGCGAGCUUGUUCUGCAUGUGUUCCUGACGCAAGCACAAGUUCAAUGCCAAUGGUUCUUUACUCGUUAUUGUAGUGGACGCAUUUUGGAGCAUUUCUGGUUUUAUGUUAAAACUGUGCUGGUAUUAUUAGGAGUGAAUUGCAUUAUACGAUGAAGAGAACUGGACAAUCAUUACACUAUAUUGAGUAUUUGUGGCCAGUGCUAUUGUUUAUAAAAAUUGUUUUAAGAGACGGGGGAUUAAGCAAUAACCUAUAGUGCAAUUGUACAGGUAAUGAGCAUGUUUUGUAGGGCAGUGAAGGAUAUGACAGCUUUGCUAAGAUCAGAUUCAUUUUUCCCCUGAGUUUCACAAAAGGUUUUUACUUACUGUGCUCCAGUUCAUGCUGUCAGACGUUUCUCCAUGUUGACUGAAGAAGACAACCGGACCACUGUAGUGUUGGUGCACAGACUGUAUAAUGACUGAACAACGAGGGCAUGAAAGAAGGCGUGAUUCACUGGUUGCAAAGAAAUCCCCUUAUAUUUGGUGGCGUCAAAUAGAUACCAGCAAUGUGGAGAUAUAUAUAUUUAUCUAUUUAUCUCUGUUUUUUUUUCUUUAUCUAUUAAAGAUGCACUUUGAUGAGAAACCUUUGAGGAAUAUCCAUUUUGAGCACUGUAAUAUAAUGGAGAAUUGACCUUAUGAAACACGGUAUAUUUGUGUCUUGAGGUUGUGUCAUGAGAAUGCAUCAAACCAUUCAUUUGGCCCAGUGUGUAGAUUUUGUCUCCAUUUAUGUGACAGGAUAUUCCUUUAGAUUCUUUAAUGAUGAAAGAGCUUGUGUGCUUGUUUAAUCACAUUCUGUGAUAAAUUAUUUAGUGAGGGCAGUUUAACAGUUAUUACAGAGACCUCUCAGCUCUGAAAUCUCAGGCACUGAUCCAGCCCCCAGUCAAUGGUGAAAACUCCCUGGUGUUCUCUCACUCUCUCUCUACCAACAGUAUGCACCCUGCACACAAAAUACUGUAUGUGAUAAGUUUAAAUGUUGUCAACUUGAGAAAAUAUGUCAAUAUUGGACAGUAAGUUAGGAACCUCACCUAGAGCCAAUUGUAGGGAAGAAAACCGUUCCACCUGUUUGAGUAGGAGACAUUCUUCAGAUUUGGAAGCACAGUCCCUUUUGAGUUACAUACCCCUACUUGGGACAGAGUUCGACAGUGGAAGCUUCAUGUGGAAUUAGCUGCCAAGAACCCUUAGUGCUGCCUUCAGGUGACAUCACAACAUUGAUCACCCUAAAGUUAUCAUUAAAGUCAAAAGAAGACAACUUAGGUGUACACAUUUCUUCUAUGGAAUGUUGGCAGGCUAGACGGGAUGGGAAUGGAUUUGUUGCUGAUCAUUCAAAAGUUCACAAGGCUAAUUUACCAUACUGGUUUUAUUUGUAAAAACAAUGAUUUAAAAUGGAAAUAAAUGAUAAGAUGUAUUCAUUUGGAGAGUUGCCUGGUGUAACUGAAUGAUCAAAACACAAAGUAAUCUGAAUUAAAAAUGAAUGCUGACCCAGGGAUGACCCUUGAAGGAUUCACUUGUCUUUUCUCUAAACAGGGUCAAUGACAGGAUGGCUCUGUAUUUCUUGCAUUUUCUGUUUUUUUUCUUUAUCAGUCUCUUUAUAUCAUGGUGUCUGGAGUUCUUCCCAGUAACUGCCUGCAGAUGCACGUUUGCAGCUGAAGUUGCAUGCUAUAUUCAUGAUCUCCUGACAUUUUUUAAAAUAAACUGGUAGGUAAAAUCAAUUGUUGCUAAAUGUAAAUGUAGCUGUUUAUUGUUGCCUGUACAGUCUGGGUCAAGAUGUUUGUGCAACAUUGUUUUAUCAAACAAAGCCUAUUUUUGUAACUGAUUUUGUGAGUAGUUUUAAC